AUGGGGGGAGACUACAAUAAAGGAGAUAUUUCUGAGACCAGUGCUGAGACUCAUCCCGCAUCCUAUGAAGGGGAAGGCGAUAUUCAGGAUGGCGAUGCGAAAUAUACCAUGACGGUGGGCAUGAACUCUUCUAAAGCGACGUAUCAAGAUGCUUCUGGAGCGCCCGUCGAAACAGAUUCGCCUUUGGGCUAUUCUGUCAAUUUCUGGGUGACCUUGGCUCUCAACAUCAAUCAGAUGGUCGGCACUGGGAUCUUUUCAACGCCGGCCACCAUCCUUAAGGGCGUCGGGUCGGUGGGCCUGACUAUGAUCUAUUGGUUCAUAGGGUACCUUCUGUCGCACUCAACGCUCGCAUGCUACUUGGAGCUGGCAUCUUAUUUCCCCAGUCGGUCGGGGGCUGAAGUGGUCUAUCUGGAACAGGCGUUUCCCAAGCCCAAGUAUUUCUUCCCCACCGUGUUUGCGGCGAAACAUAUCAUCUUUUCGUUCAUGAGCAGCAAUGCGAUUGUGUUCGCAGAGUAUGUAUACAAUAUUGGCAAUGUCAAGUAUACAGCUUGGGAGCAGAAGGGCCUUGCCAUAGGAGCAUACACUCUGUCUCUACUUGUAUGCUGCUCUAGUACCAAGUGGUCAUUGCGCUGCGUGGUUUGGUUUGGAUUUGUCAAAAUCGCAACGCUUUUACUCAUCUCCAUUGCUGGCUUGGUCGUGCUUGGAGGACAUACUCGCGUGAAAAACCCUCAAAUCAACUGGAGCGAUCCUUGGAGAGGCAACACGCAAGCCUCUGCAUACGGAGCCACCAACGCGAUGAUCAAGCUCAUUUUCUCCUACGCUGGAUAUCAAAAUGCGUUCGGCCUGGUCAAUGAGAUCAAGAACCCUAUCAAAACCCUGCGAUGGAGCGCUCCAUCCUCCUUGAUCCUGGUGGCCACCCUCUAUAUUCUGACCAACGUAGCAUACUUCUCCGUCGCUUCCAGAGAAGAAAUCCUAGAAUCCAAGCAGAUCGCCGCGGGUAUCUUCUUCGAAAAGGUAUUCGGUACCUCCGGAGCAUCGCGCGGCUUGAACGUGCUCAUUGCCAUCAGUGCUUUCGGGAACCUCCUAGCAGUAAUGGUGAACUACUCCCGACUGCUCCGCGAAACGGGCCGCCAAGGCGUGAUUCCCUGGCCUCGAUUCUGGACCUCAACCAAGCCCUGGGGAACCCCCAUCGGGCCAUACCUGGUGAUCUGGGCCAUCACACUAAUUAUGAUUCUCGCGCCGCCGGCCGGUGACGCCUUCAAUUUCAUUGUCGAUCUCUCAAACUACCCUACCAACAUUUUCAACCUUCUCCUGGUUGUGGGGCUCGUGGUCAUUCGCCGCCGUCGCAGCAGGCUCGGUUUCCCACGGCCAGAAUAUCGCGCUUGGGAUAUCGCAAUUGGAUUCUCGAUUCUAGCAAAUCUGUACAUGAUCGUUGCGCCCUGGUACCCUCCUACGGGCGGCGCAACUGGCGGCGACGUAAGCUUUUGGUACGGCACGUACUUGGUUGUCGGCAUCGGACUGCUGGUGGCCUGUGGUAUCUACUAUGUUUUCUGGAUCGACAUCAUCCCCAAGUGGAAGGGGUACGAGUACCGACAGACGAUUGCGCGAUUCGAAGACGGAGCUAUUUCGCAUAAGCUCGUCAAGGUGCCGAACGCCGAGUUGCCGCAGUGGGAUGAGGAACACGAUGCGGCUGGUAAUCUGCGGAGGCGAGCGCCGCGAGAGCAGAGUGAUGGUAGUUUUUAG